AUGGAUCGCAACGGUAACUUCGACUACCGAAACUUCUUCUACCCAGGUCCAGCACCACUCCCAGUGCAGAUCUACCCAGUAAACGGCGACCCACGCUUCCCCUUCCACUUCCCGUCCGGCACGCCCAACACCAACAUGGCCAGGCGCGACUCCGCCUCUCCCUCAGCGCGCGAAGACAUCACCGCCGAUGAGGCCGCCCUCGACCCGGCCGCAUCGGCGAGUCCGCCCUCUGGUGGUAUGGUAGCCAAGCGCGACGCGGCGGCGGCGCAGGCCACGACCACGCCGCCCGUGAAGCUCGACCACGUCGUCCAGGGCCUGUCGCACCUCCUGGAGGAUGCCAUCGCCUUCUGCGAGGAGUGCCUCAAGACGCACAAGGAGGUGGUGGCCGUGGCCGGGUUCGCGGGGCACGCGACGCGCAACAGCCUGUGGCGGGAGCUCCUCGAGUCGCGGUUCGAGGCGAGCGGCGUGCACAAGGACCUGCUGCACACGUUGGUCCCGCGCGUCAGGCGGUACACGCAGCAGGCGCAGCAGGCGGCGGCGCGGGACUACCAGCCGUCCGGCAGCUCGGACGAGGGGAGCGAUGACAGGGAUGCGCACUACCGGCUUGCGCUCAUGACGGACAAGCUGUCGGCGCACUGUGACUGGAUCAGCCGGGCGAACAGGAAGGCGCUGGGGAGCAGCGCGGCGUGCGAGAACAUGGUUGAGCUUAUGAGGGAGAUGAUGGAGCUGUGUGGCAAGAUUGUGCCUGGCGUCGAGGCUGCUCCGCAGGACGGCCAGGAGGGAGGCGACAGGCAGUACUAG